AUGGCGGCUGUCGAAAAGCCAGCAGCGGUUACUCCGUGCCCGCAAGUUGGCGCAAAGGACGUAAUCGAGACUUCGCAGAAUGGAAAGGAAAACGCGAACGAAAGUCCCAGGGAGAGCCUCCUGGAGAAGCUCCGGGCCAAGGCCAAACACUACAAGCCUUGGGGGGACAUGGCCAAGGCGCUCCGCAUGGCUAUCAUGGAAAAACAUCACUUGGUGGACAGCGCCGAGCGCAGCCAGUUGCAGAAGUGCCUUGACAUGAUCCAGAAGUCUAUCAAAGUGACUUCGAUGCAGUCCAUGAUAGAGAGGCUGGACACCAUCACACGACAACAAGGCCUCAUGUUUACAACGGGUCCUGGAGGCCAGGAGUGCUUCAUUAGCUCAGACAUGUUCUAUGUGGAAGUCCUGCUGGAGCCCAGUGGAACUGUGAACGACGUCAAGAUUUCCCACCACGGAGAUCCCCUGAGCUGUCCCGAGCUGACGCAAGUGCUUUUGCGUGGAGACUUUGCCGAGUUUACUAAACACCUCGAAGGGCUGGCAUCAAUCUACCAGCUGAAUGCCGACAAAAAACAGAAGACCAAGGCGUACCUGGCUCUUCAGGCCUUAGAGACUGACUUGAGCAUCCUGUCUCAGUUGCAAAGCUUUAUGAAUGAGCCAAGCAACCUUGUUCACAAGUCUCCGGUUGGCAUCUUGCAGCCGCGCAAGGGAGGGCAUCCUAUGAAACUCACAUUCUUUAUCUCGCCUUACGACUUACUCGACGUGGACAGCCAAUCCUCUAUUCCUCUGACAGUCGAAGCCAUCUUGGAGAAGGGUCUUGGUCAUUCUGUGUCCGUCUGCAUCGAGAGCUCAGGCUCACACAAGCUGCAGACCACAUCACUCAUCAGCGUCACCAACACUCCAGAGGGAAAAAAUCUCCCGUCGUUUGCUGCCCUGAGCAACCUGAACAGCACAAUGCUGCCAGCAAGCUUCGUGCUCAAGCUGCCCAAACCCUUCCCCAUGGCUGUGGCAUUGGUUCGCAAGAUACAUGCUGUCACCUUGAUUGAGUGUGCGGACACCAGCACGACACAGCCUCUGCUCUCCCUCAUCAUCAACCAGGCGUCCGAAGGGAAGCUCUCCGCUUCGAGUGACCGUGGACUCAACGUGACACUGCCCGAUCAGCAGCACUGUUACUACCUGUUGUCGGGCAGUCCGGAACUUCCAGGAGUCAUGGUGUCUGGAGUGCCCUUCACACAUCCCACGCAUGUGCCACAGAUCUUGGUGUUCCUGCGGCAGCAGCUGCUGUUCAACACCUUGGUGGCCAGCUGUGUGCGACCCUCUAGCCGACAGAAUGCCGAGAUGUCGCACAUGUUCGAGGUGAACACCACAUCUAUAUCAAACAUAAGCAUCUCCUUCGAGCACCCGCUAGAUGAAUCUCUGGCCACAGUUGACCUUAACCUUAGUGAGAUCACCAGUGUCAAGUGUCGUAUCUAUACUCUCAACAGCGACAUCAGUAUCUGCACCGAUGAGUAUGCCAGCAAAGUUAUGCAGCGGUGCCUCUCCAUCCCAGUAACUAUGCGAGCAGUAAUCCGAAAGGCACAAGGUCAGCGAGCACGGAUGUCCAGCCAAGGGGACUCGUACUGCAAUGCACUGAACAGCAGUGGAAACACAUAUCUGACAGGUCUGCCUGGUUAUGGCCCCAACCCUGCAACUGGCUCAUUCGGUGACUUUACACCUGCCGGCAAAGCUGAUGGCUAUCGGGAAUCUGAAGAGGAGCCCGGCACACUCGGUUCGCUCCUGGGAGGACCACUACCCUCGCAGAGCCCCAACAUGAUGUUGAUGAGCAUGCUGAGCGACGUGCCCUCGGCAAGCAACUCGCCCGCUGCUCCAGGGUUUCCUUUUUUAGGCCAGGCCAAGCCUCGGAACAAACGCAAGAGAAAAGCAACGACUUCAUCAGAUGGCCGCAGCCCCAAACGCAGAGAAGAUGAUGGCGGUGGGACAGAUCCUGAGGAGGAGCCUUUUUUAGAGUCUGAAGCGGGGCAGAACAAGGCGGCGCUUCUGAACCCCGCUGAGCCGGCUGGCGCCACCGCGGAACUUGCCACUGACGACACCGCCAGCUUCCUUCGGGGUGCAGGGGGCGCACUCUUUCCCGAAGAAGGCGCAGAUCCGGGUGAGACAAACAGGCCUCCGGGCCGGAAGGUCAAGCGUGUUCGCAGUGAGGAGGCCCGGGAAGACAUCAAGCUCGAGAGGGAGGGCUCUCGGUCCCAGGACAGUGGUCCAAAAAACUUGCUUCCCGGUGGGGACUCCGAUAAGCUGUCCCGCUCGGCGUCACCACCGGUCAGCUUCAAAAUCGAAAAAUCAGGGGACAGUCUAAAGAUUUCCAAGACCGAAAGCAAGUCAGGGUCGAAGCCUCGUGAUUCAUCAGAGCUACGGAAGAAGAUGGAUAACAAGAAGGAGCGCAAGAGAAAAAGAGCUGAGAGUGUUGACUCCGGAUGCCGUCAGCCAGCCGUGGCUGCUUCUCCAGAGCCACUAGAACUCUCCCAGCAAGCUUUUAACUUAACAACAAAGCCUCAUGGCUCAGUGAGCCCUUCAACGUCUCGCCCUCCUCUGAAAAAGUCUGCCAGUUCACUUGUUAGCAAUGGAAAGAAACUUGCUAAACCACUCCAGCCUGCACCUUCAAGUGGUAUAAAGAGCAGCACAGAGACUGAUAACCGACCCGCCAUGAAGUCCCCCCAGAAGAGCAGCCCCAGUAAGCCAGUGUCUUCUGUGUCAGGCAGCUCUUACGUACCCAGUAGCAGCCCUGUGACAAAGCAGCCUCCAUCAUCGCCAACAGGGACAUUGAAGUUGAAGCACCUCAAUUUGCCUUCAUCAACAACAAUUACACCAGUUGUGGCUAAACCUUCUUUACCAUCACCAACGUCUACUGCACCUCCCAGUAUUACAAUAGUGCCUACUACAUCUGUAGCCGGUGGCUCUAACAACUUAAACAAACCACCUAAGUCACGAAAGGGUUGUUUAAAUGCAGUUAUUGCCAAGCUAACCAAUACAGUGGCUUCGCCACUCGUUGGGCCACCAGUUCCUGAACUUGCAGGUAGCAGGCCAGACAUAACCUUAAAAUCAUGUGAGAAGAGAGACAGCCCAACACUGGGCAAAGAAGUCAAAGAAGGAAGGACACCAUCAGCCGAAGGUAGCGCUGUAAAGGAAGGUUCAGGUAUCAAGCUCACAGUCACCAAAACAUCUGGAAUUUAUAAGUGCUCCUCAGGAAAGGCCAAAAUGGGGGCCUCAUCGUCCAAAGGAAGCCUCUCAAGUGGGCCAAAAGUCAAAAGCUCACAGAAGUUGAUUGGCUUGCCUGUAGGGGUACCAGCCAAGAAACUUCCUACCAAGAGCCCUGCAAAGCUUAGUCCAAGCCAGGGGUUCAACCCAUGCGACAGUGCCAUGCCUAGUGCACUUCCAACACUGGUGCCACGUGUAGCCCAUAACAAUGCAGGCUCUCUGAAAAACUCGCCUAAACUUGCAGCAAUGAGCAAGGCAGGCAUACGUCCGGAGAAAAAACCCAGUGAUACCACAAAACCCAUUGUUGAGAAGGAAGCCACCAAUUUGAUGCCACCGCCUCUGCAUUCUAGAACUGGACCCAAGAGCGUGGAAGGUGGCCAGCCUCUGUCUGACGAAGCUGCCCUGAGAAUGCUUCUCGCCCUGGGGAAAGUCCAGAUGAUGACCAGUGGCGUGCACUGAAAGGGAAUGCAGGUAGCGAAGACCACCUGGCACCUAAAGUCGAAAAUGGACCAGAAGUUGGACCUGUGGCCUUAACAGUGCCACGGGUCACUUCUGAAGUUCGUACCUCUGAGGACAAGGGACCCACUACGGCCCCGCCACUUCCUGUUUCCUUAACCAAGUCAGCAUCCGCGGCUGCUGCCCCUACCGGUGAUGAUGACAGCAGCCCUGAGGAUGGCCUUGUCAUUGAUUUUGCUAUGGACAGCAAGAAGGUGGUGCCCCCUGUAUGUCACAGCCCCCCACGGCCGCUAGAGCCUGUGGUGGCCCCCGAGCUGCCAGCGAGGGCGUCCCCAGCGCUCAGUCUCAGUGCCAAGUCGCCAUACUUUGUGCCGUCCCCAUCACUUAAAUCUCCACAGGCAGGGAGCCCACCCUCCAACCAUUCAGUGUCAAGCUCACUUUCGAGACCCUCACCGUGUGUCAUUGACGACGACCUCAUGGACGAAGCAAUCGUGGGGCUUGGAAAGUGAUGCAUCCCGCUGCCAUGCGUGUUUGCGUAUUGAACGCUUGUGAGGUAGCCGUGCUCCAGGACAGUGCUGAGGAGUUAACAUGUGCUGUUGUGCAGCCAGUUGCUGUCACAAACUCGUGCAGUGUUACUCAUAGCCACUGCAAGUGGAGCAGCUAACCCAAAGCACCUUCAGCAGCACAGUUGGGACAUAUUUGACUGCCAUGUAGAUACUGUACAUAACUUUUUAAGAGGUAAUGUACAUUAAGUGUUUAUGUAACCAUCGUGAUUUUAGUUUACCUCAGCCCAAGACAGUGUUGGACAGUUCAUGUGGAUGCAAAUACACGCAUACUACAUGAGGCGACAAAAAUGCUUAUGGCCUCUUACUAUUAGAGUUACUGUCAUCUUUGUUGACUUGCAGUCUAGACAGUUGCCUAUCUUGGAGAAUGACAGAAAAGUUUUGUUCACAAAUCCAGCUGAAAGUGGCAGACAGCCAGGUAGCAUCACUUUUUGUCAUCAAUAUUUAUUGUGGAAUCAUUGCAUUUCACCUUACUGGCGCAAGUGCUCAGUCUUCAAGAGUUUAGAUACCGUCAGUGUAUUAUAUGGCAUGCUUGCAUCGGCACUUGUUGCUAACACCACCAAUCUGAACCUAGCAGCACCUUUCUGGUUUACACAUCUAUCAUUUGAUUGGGCUGUUAUUCCUAUGCCAAUAAGAGCACACCUUAAAAUGGAGCAUGAAAUGGUUCAGGCAAUGUCUGUAGAUGUGUUCAUUGUCAAGCGGGCUGAUGUGACAAGUUUGACAGACAAAUAGAAGGCAGAUCACCAGAUGUCAUAUAGCUUGUCUGUUCCCUGUGGCUUCGAUUGGUUACAUUAACCCGAUUUACGUUAUUUUUCUGUAGCAUUGGGUUUCAUGAGGGCUCUUCCUUUUUCUCCCCAUUUAUGAUGCACAAGCUCAAUGGAGGUAUCCAUUGAAAUAGAUAUUGCUGUGGUUGCAGUUCUCUUUUGUGCUUUUGUCGCUAUACAGGUUAAAAAUGAGAGGCAUUUCAAAGGUGAAUGUAACUUAAUGCAUAGUAUUUGCACUAGCAUAAGAAAUUUGUUUUUUUUAUUUUCCUCUUAGUUCAUACUUACGGAACUAUUUUAUUACUGGCUGAAGACCCAAAGUAUAACCACAAAGCUCUAAAGCACCUUCAGAAACCACUGACUGAAUUGUGUCCUAUGAUAUGUCUUGCCAGAUUGAAGGACUCUGGUCUCGCUUAGUCCUUUCUUCCACACUACAAAGAAAACCUGUGAAAAGUGAAAAAAAAAAAGCCAUGUGACAUCGUUAGCACACUGCUAUCGUGCCACACUCAAGCGUGCAAUGGGUGAACCAGGUCACCUGCAACGUUUUAUGGGCAGUUUAUUGCCUCAGCAGCACACGGCCAGCAGCAUGAUAUUGUGCCAUCAUCUGACAAGAGCUGCGUGACGGCUCUGUUGCUUACCCGUGACAACAGUCAGUGUUGCAGCUGGCCACGUUCGCUGAUUGCACGCUUAAUUAAGGUGGGCACGAUAGAAUUGGAUAAGCACUUUGUCACAUGGCACUUCCAUAUUUCACAGGCUCUCUUUGCAGCGUGGCAGAAAGGACUACAUGAAACAUAUCAUACAGGAAACAAUCCAAUCAGUGUGUUCUAAAGAUGUUAUGAAACUCUGCUAUCAUAGCUCGGGUCUUGAGCCAAUAACUAAGAACUUGGGUAAUUUAACAUAAUCAAUUGUAUUCAUUUAAGAAAUGAAGAAAUAGUUUGAGUAACUAUGGGUUACCGUGAAUAGUGUAUGUUCAAUGCAAUCCAUUUCUGACAUGCCUUUGAUCUUGAGUCUUAGCUGAAGUUUGUGGCGCAACCUGUAGAAUACACAUAACAUAGAGCUUGCAUUGCGCCAGUGGUUGCUGAUGUGGCUAUUUCAGAGGGUUAGGGCAUGUCAACAAUGUUUUCUUUUUAUUGAAGACAGCUACUGGUAUUGUUGCAGCAGCGAAGGCUACAUUCCAAGCAAACAUAACUGGGCGAGUGCUGUGCAAUCCAAGUUCGUGAGUUUCCUUUUAAAAGUAGCUGGUUUGCCAUUUGUGCGAUGUUCUCCACUCCAUCUAUAGUAUGAUUACAGUGUAGAUGGGUCCAAAACUACAAAAGAAACCCUUCUACAAAAGCAUGUAACAUUUGUUGCUAAUGAAAACAUUGUCCCUAGCAGCUGGUUUAUUGAUUUGUGCCUUUGAAUGGGCUGCUAGCACCAAUUAUGAUGAAAUUGGCAUAGUUAGUGUUGCAAUACGGAUACUACUACAGUUUCAUAAUAUAAUGAUUGCAUAACUAUCACCUGUAAUAUUUAUUUGAAGUUUACAUUUGCUACCAUGAUGGUGUCACGAUGGUGCCGCCCUCGCUGGCGCUUCUGCUCUUGCUACUGCAACAGGCCAUGGGUAUCCACAGGGCACGAUGGAUACCCAUGGGGGCAUGAGUAUCCAUUAACAUCCAGUGGGCAAUUCCAGAGUAUAGCAUAGGACACCCCGGCAAGAGAGUGUCACAACAAUUGUUACCAAAAUUGUAUAAGUACUACCUCGCAAGUCCUUGAUUGACUCCUCUGUACCAUAUCCAACGGUAUGUCGCAGUGUGUGCAUAUGAGCUACCCGAGAUGUCAACGACUACACAUUGGGGUACUUGUUUCUUCACAAUGGCUCGUUAUGUACCUGCUCACAUUCAGUUGAUUGUUGCAAGCAAUGCUGGCACAGCUAACUUGUCACACAGUGAAUGUAUUGAUUGGGUAAUAAACAGCAGCUUGUUUUUUACAGCACUUGUCAUAGGAACUCACUGGGUACCUAUCAUGACUCUAUGAUAGACACCCAGUGAUUUUAGUGGUGCUGCCAUGACUAAAUGUACCGCAAGACAGUGAUGGUGAAGUGCUAGUUUCCCUUUGGAAAACUUAAACCCCCAACAAACUGCAGCAUCAUGGCAUCAAUGAAGAAUACCAAGAGUAGUAGUACCUCUUAAGGAAAUGGCUGUGGUGCAAGACACAGUUGGAAGCACGCAUUAUGAUUAAGAAUCUGCAAAUUUAGCAGCAUCAAACGAAGUGGGAUGUGAAAAUAGCGAAUAAAUUAUACCAUUUGUAUCUUAGA